AUGUGGAUUAUUCCAGGCCCAGGGAGUCUACGUUUCUGCAAGAGACCGUUGGUCCUUCGAGGGCUUGUCUUCAGGUCAUAUGCUACCAAGACCUCCGAUCCGCUCCGCAUUCUCUUUUGCGGCUCUGAUGAAUUCAGUAUCGCCCACUUGAAAGCUCUUCAUGCUUAUCAUUUGAAACAGCCGGAGCGUAUUUCCUCCAUUGAUGUCGUCUGCAGACCUGGAAAGAGAGUUGGAAGAGGACUGAAGCAAAUUCGGGAAGUACCGCUCAAGGCGGCCGCAUCUGCUCUCUCACUUCCUAUUCAUGAGAUUGAUACUUUCACUGGAUGGACGCCCCCGACCUCCCCGAAGGGUCACAUAAACUUAGUGAUUGCUGUAUCAUUCGGACUUUUUGUUCCGCCGCGCAUAUUGAAUGGUGCCAAGUAUGGAGGUUUGAAUGUGCACCCCUCGUUACUACCAAACUUCCGUGGUCCUGCGCCGCUUCAUCAUACUCUUCUCGCCGGCGAGACAACUACUGGCGUGACGGUUCAGACAUUGCACUUAAAACACUUUGAUCAUGGAGUGAUAAUAUCACAAACACCGGCUCCGGGGUUCGACAUCCCCAAUCCAGAGUCCUGCACCGUCCCCGAGUUGGUGGAUUUUGUUGCACCUAAAGGAGCACAAAUGCUCGUGGAAAGCAUUGAAAAGGGUCUAUUCGUUCCUCCCAUUGAAAAUUCUGGUACUGUACAAACCGGAAAGUUGAAACACGCACCCAAAAUCAUACCAGAGGACCGGCACAUAAACUGGGCAAACUGGACCUUAGCAGAAAUCAACAGGCGUAACCGAGUGAUUGGAACUCUCUGGAGCAAAGCCCUCUGUGCAAGCAAUCCUGCAGAUGGACCUCUGUCAUUCCAGCAUAAACGAGUCAUUCUCACAGAUACUGAGGAGGUUGACCCGCCUAAGGGAUGCGAUUCAUUCUCAAUUCUCCCAGGUCUACCGUUUACAAACGCUUCCCACCCCGUCGAGCCAAAGAAGUCACGGCAGCUAUACGUUUUUACUGUCGAUGGCAAAGUUUUGCGUAUCAACCGGAUGAAAGUGGAAGGCGAGCAAGAUGCAGAGGGUCUGCGAGCUGCUAUCAAAGCUCGCAUGUUCGGUGAUCGAGCAUUCCAAUAUGAAGGCCGGGAUUUCACUCCCUUCCGCAACUCUCUUGUAUAA